AUGCAUAGUACUAUGCAAUGCCAUGGAGUAACUACGAAGGGAGAACGGUGCAAAAUCAAAUCGUCCACUAGGUACUGCCAUUAUCAUGUACACCAGAGUAAACAAAAAAGCUCUAGCACGAAUUUAACUAACACUACAGUCAGAAUCGCCAUAAAUCCGAGAAGCAGCCACACAUCGUACUCUCGAUCUAACUCCCACUCUCCAGAAAAGGUUCCAAGAUAUCCACACAACCUGGCGUUAGCGGCUCCUCACCCUAUUCCUAAAGCAGGUUUCAUCUAUGCGUAUACUCUUUCGGAUCUAUUGUUGCUCUCCGAGAAACUGUGGCUUAACAUCAAAAACCUACCCAACUGUUCUCCUAAAGACAGGGACAAAUGGUUACCGUUCAACUCUAAGAAAUCCAAGUAUACACUUGUUAAGGUUGGAAUGACCACCAGAACCUCAGUUUUGCUGAGGUUGGUCCAAUGGGAGCAGAAAUGUUGCCAUAGCUUGACAUGUUUGCAGCCUAAUGUUCAGUACUUCAAAAUGGAUAUCAUCGAAAGGCUCAAACGGCUCAAAAUUAGAGAGUAUGUGACCUAUAGAGAUAACGGUUUCUUCUGUAGUCAAGUAGCGAAAUCUGAAUCUGAGAUCCAUAGGAUACUAAGAGAAAGAUAUGGGAAGGGAGAUGUGUAUUGUAGUGGUUGCGCUGUGACAUCGAAAGAUCCAACUUCAGCGUUUAAGAUCCAUGUUGAAUGGUUUAUCGUACCGAAGAAAGAUGUGCCUUAUAUCUUUGAGGUGAUAGAUAGGGUAUGCCAGAAGUAUAAGUAG